GGAUAUCAUUUAAGAGGGAUCAUUAGCCGAGAGCAGCCCAGCUGGGUCAAGGCUGGGAGGCGGGGACACGGCUGCAAGCAGUGAAGCAAGGUGGAGGCAUGAAGACAGAAGACCAGGUUAAUAAAAGCAUGAGGUGGCUCUUAGGCAGCAGCUGGAGAAAAUUUGGACACGCUGACAGGGGAAACUACGACUGGCUAAACAGUGAACCAGGUGGGCCACUUCUGGAAACAGAGCUUCAGGGCAGACCACAGACAAGUUCAACCAAAGACGACAUAGAACCAUUUCUGUGCAUCAUACUGCCUGCCACCAUGAUGCUCUUCCUGGCAUUCCUGCUGCUCUUCCUGUACCGCCGUUGCCAGCGCCCCACUCCGCAGGGGCAGAUCUUCAGCAUCGACCUCCCCGAGGCCCUGCCUGAGCACGAUGUGUCCAAUUUCCUUUCCGUGCUGCCCUGGAACAAUGAACAGGGUUUCCACUACUCCACUCUGCUCCCUGAUGCCACAUUCCUCACUUUGUGUUUGCCUCCAUCCUACGAGGAGGCCACCAUGAAGACUUCCAUGGAUGAGGUUCAUAUUGAGCUCUCUCCAGAUCCAGUGCCUCCUUACGAAGAGAGCACGCUGCAGUCCAGCAGCGCCAAAUAAACUUCCUAUGGAAGCACCCUAGCUGAAGCAUGCGGCCCCUCAAGGCACAAACAUGGAGCUGCUAUGGCCUUUAAAAUUAGCAAAUAGAUUCCAAAUGAGGCACAAAACCAAUGAAUUAAUGAAGGAAGAAACUUGGAGCAACAGGGAAUGAGUCUCCUCACCUCAUCCUAGGAUUCUCCACCUUCCAUUUGUGGCAAGCGUACACACGCACACUGUAGCACCAAAUCGGUCCCAGACUGGUAACACGGGUAUUCCAGUUAACAAAGCGUGUCAUGCAAGGAUUAAAUUUAAUGACAGGCGGGAAUCUGUCCCCUGCAAUCCCUCAGCUACAAGGAAAUAUGAAUUAUGCUAUAGAUUCACCCGUCACAAAAAGGGCUUUUAACACAUACCUAUUCCAGUUUGGCUUUUUCUUUUUUAUGUGUUUAUUUUUAAAUUGAGUUUCUGACAAGCUGAUUUACUCAAGCUGUGUGUGUUAACAUCGCAUUCUUCUGCAGUGCUCUGGAAUUAUCACAAGAGCUCUCAGGAAAGAAAAUACAUAUCUAGCCUCUACAAAAUUUCCAGCAACUGUCCCCAAUGGUUCAAAUGUGCGCUGUGGAUAAAGGCUGUCUUUUAUCACAGUUGAACAAUCAGAACAACCAGAGAAAACCUGAUUGUUCUGGGUGAGGAAGAUUCCAGCAGCACCACAUAAGAGCAUGCUCACACCAUUUCCGCAGGCUGCUUGCCAAGGUCUGCAAGGUCCUGCCGUUCCAGACUACUGGCUUGACUUGUUUUCCAAUUUACAAGUCUACAAAAAUAAACCCUGUGACAUUAUACUCCCUUCCCCUUCGUCACUAGGGCAAAGUAAAUCUCAUUGAAGUGCAUUGGUGCCAGUGGUGUGGUUCUGUUUCAGGAGAGCUCACACGUGCGUACUUUUCCACAAUGAUGUAUGUUAUCUUUAAUUCUUUCUCACAGGAUAGCAUUUUCACUAUGCUGACAGCCACUCUUGUUAUGGAAGGUGGGUACAGCUUGACAGCCUCAAAAGUUAUGACAGCUUCUUCCUUGCAGGUGUCAGCUAUUCCGUGACAUUACAUUCAUCUGUGGCUUGCCAACAUCACAACUCCGACCUGUUAGUGUGUGCAGUCUUGGUGUAACUCCUAAACGUGAAGGCUGUCCUGACUCACAUUGUGAUUCCAGCAACCGUCAUGAGGUGUCAAUAUCAGCCAGUCCUGCUUUGUGAACGUACCACAUUCUUUAAAACAAAAAACCAAACAAGAACCAAAAAAACCCUCAAUAAUGGAAGAAGAAAUCAUCACUGUACAGAAGACAGACAGGUCACUUUUAAGCUGCAGGUAGUUAAAUUUCAUGUCUUUAUGUCAACAGUGGCACAAAUCACAUCAGCACAGUAACUAAGUAGUCCAGGUCAAAACUGAUGAUCCCCCUCAUAUAGUUCCCUUAAAACAAGGGAAAAGAUCUGCCUUUUGUAUUGCAGAAAUGGGACUGUUUUCCUGAACUACAUUUUUGAAAUUGUCACCUUUUCUAAUAUUCCCUCUUGGUCACCAAACUGUAAGAACAGCAGCAGCAGAUGUUUUGGACAAAUCCAAAUUCAGUCAACCAUUUUUAUUUUCAGACCGUGCCUGGGAUGAGUUCUUGGUAUUUGCUGAUGCAUUCGAAAGUCCUGUAUCCUUGCAUUUUGUUUAGCUCCUUAAUAUUUGGUACAUGCAGUUGUUGCCAGCUACAGGGAAAGCUGGAAAAAUACAAGAACACCAAGAAAACAUAUGCUACCUAAUCAGCAAGGUACAAAUGUUUGAGGUUCAAAUACAAAUUACUUUUGCCUCCAGUGUCUGUAUAUUCCACUAACUUCAGCAGAAUUGUACAGGUAUGCUUGAGAAUUCAGCCACCAUCAUAUUGAAUUGAGUAUAUUUUGCCUUAAAAGACCUUCUGAGUUCUGAAAUGGGUUACGCUGUUCUUCAGCACAAUUUCUUGUUUACCCUAAGCAGGGUAGCACCUGAAACCCAACCCCUGGCUCAUCAUUCUAAACUGGUCUCCAGUUACCUUAGUUGCUUAAGAUAACUUCUUGAGUCAUAUUUCUUGUUACCAAGACUGAUACAGUUCUAGAACUAGUCAAGAAUUACUAUUCUCUCCAAAAAUAGAGUGUCUCUGACAGUAUUUAUUGCAUAACUCUCAAAUUCUGCUUUAGCCAAAUAGUUUCUGUUCAUUUGCGUUGCUAUAGACAACUUAAAACAGAUACCUGCUCAAAUCCAAAUGAGCAGAAACAUCUCCAUGACUUAAAAUUUUCUUUCUAAUAGACUAAUAGCUUUUUAUUUCAUCUGGAAUUGGUAUCCCUUACCUUGUUUCAACACAGAUUUGUCUAGUCAUGCAUGUUAAUUAUCCCCAGUAGGAUUUAACCUAACCAGCAUGGUACUCUUAAAUCUCCACCCCAGAAAGAAGGUCCAGUAAAACAAAAAUGAGAACGCUUCUCAUGCAAACGUACCGAAAUUAGUCUCCAUUGCCUAGAAGCUACCUCUGACCAUAUGAGCCUGUGGUGACACACGUCAGUAACCACAGCGUUAUUGGUAUUAGCGCUACUGGUUGCAGACCAGCUAUCAGGUCCUUCGGGCAAACACUUUCUGUGUCCAAGUGGAGAGCUCACAAUCUGACAGGAGCUCAUGUCUGGCAAUACAGCAACCAUGUGUAGGGGAAAAAUCUUUCGUAUUCUCAGCUCCACUAAUCUGACAGGUGGAGGUUUAGAGCACACCAUCUAAAAGAAAGAUGUUGGAGUUGAGGCUGUAGACCAGAAGAGUGUGGAGAGACAUUAAGCUUCCAAACACAUAAAAAGUAACUGCAAACAAAGUAAAAUAAACAUCCUUCAUGCCUGCAGGGAUCUGAACUGGUAAUAGUGAGCUCGAGGUGCAGCAAGUUUAAGUCAGGAAAGGAAUUUCUAAAAGUGAAGUGCAAUCUGAAAGAACAGCGAAGCACUGGCAGCACCAUCUCUGGCCACAUUAAGUUGUUAGACAAACAUCUGUCAGGAGUGCUGAAGGAUCCUAGCUGGAGCAAGGAAUGGAUUAGAUGUCUUCUCUGGGUCCUUUCCUCUUCCUAUGCCCUAAAGCUUUAUCAAAGUAAAUUUUGUUAAUAAUUUCCAAGUUUUCUAUGAAAUCAGACGUCUGUUUCUUUGAAAAUCUGAUACUAUGAAAUUUCACGUGCAUCCAGAGAUCACUGUGACCCUGGCAUUGUACCUUAUAACCACAAGGUCCUCAUAUAUAUUUUUCUUUUUGUUUAAAUCUGAUUAAGAUUAGGACUUAUUAAAUAUUAAUGUCUUACAGAUUGUGAACUCACCAUAAUGUAAAGGGCAAUUGUAUUUCAGUUUUCCUUUAAGAAAAUACUGACAACCAUGAUGAGAUUUAUUACGUAUAUACAAUUGUUUAUACUUAUUAAGAAACUAUGGAAAAAUACAGGCCCCCUCUCAUCAAGGAGAUUGCAAAAGCUUAAAGGGUGAUCUAUGUGCUUGUUCACUCUGUAAGAGCUGCCAGAAACCCUUAAUGACAUGGGUCCAUUACUCUGCAGACUAAGGUGCAUACAGAUCUUGCACACAUGCAAAUUUCUUGCUCAAAAGACAUUUAUGGGAAAACAACACAAGUAGUUUAUACCAAAUGGUUCUACUAAAUAUGCAGCACUAUCUCCAAUAAUAAUACAGUGGUUUAAUACUAAUAGAAUAUCCUGUCUCUCUUAUUUUACCUGAAGGAAGAAAAGAUGACACAGCUCCUUGCAACCACAGCAGGAGCUCAGAAACUAACAUCUCAGAUAAAAUUGAUUCAUGCUUGUACACAGAUUGAGCAUCUGGCACCUAAUCUUUGCUGAGCUGAAAACUAACUCAUGACUCACUGGUUUGUACUUGCCAAUGAUAAAAUGUGUUUUCAAAACAGGACAGUCACUGCUUGGUCUUAUGAAGUGACCAGCCUCCAUCCUUGGUCUAAGAAAGGAAGAACAAGCAUUUCAGCACACAUAUUUCACUGGAGAGAUGCUAAUUUGUAACAAAUCUGUUGACUGGAAAUUUAGAUCCUGGCUUUAAUGAAGUGGAAUAGUUUUAAAAAUAGAAACAAACCCCAACUCCAAGUCAGAAUGUCUUCAUGAUAGUUCAGUCAUACCACAGUGGCCAAGAAAGAACUGCCCCCAAAAUAAAACAUUUGGCUUAAUCUACGCUUACAAGGAUUUUACUUGUGUUCCUAUGCAAGGAGAGCCUCCAAAUACAGGCACACAACUGUGUUUGCCAGUAUUAACUCCACUAGCAUGAACUAUAUAUGCUCUAGUAGUAAAAAAAACCCUUAUGAAUGUAAGUUUUAUCUAUAUGGGAAGUUGAGUCAGCAGUCUUAUUCUGGCUAGGAAUGUAAUUUUUUUUUUUUUUAACAAACUUCUAAGGAGGAGAAUUGCGCAAAAACAUCAAAUAAGAAUGAGCUGAAUGCUUAUGGCAAAUAAAUUAUUCGCUUACUCCUCUCUUAAAAACUGUCCAUAAGUGAAGCAGUUAGGACUUUUUAAUCAUGGAAUUUAUUAAUUUCAGUUUAAUUGUUAGUAAACAAUCAUGUUAUGUCAUAACUGCUGUUACGCAGUAGUCCUUUUCCUCAUUUGGAUGACCAGGUCUUCUGCAGAACAGGAAAGGCAUGUGAGUGUGGAGCAUAAGGGAGGUAUCCUCUGUAAUAAACACAGUGUACUGUUCUCGAUGGUACAGCUAGCAAGGCUGGGUACAGCUAAUGAAUCAAUACUGCAGCAGAUGCCAAUGAAGAGAGUAAAAACUCAUUGAAAACUCUUGUUAGAAACUCUUGGAUACUUGAAUAGGCUCACAGCAGUGUAGGUGGACAUUUGCACUUUCACAAGAUUUCUGAUAAAAAGUUAAGUAAAAAAAAAUUCCCAAUGUCUUUCACAUUUGUUGAGGGUGUGAAAGAUUCACACUUUCUUUGACUUUGGCUCCAUCAGUAGUUUUAGUUUUGACUAUUCACAAAAAUGUAACACCUAGAAGAGUUUAUUGUAUAGGAGAGUAUAAGGAAUAAAGAGCAAUCGAGAUUGUAAUACUCAGAAUUUCAGAUAAGUCAUGCCAUUAAUGUGUUAUCUUCUCCAGCCCCUUCCUUAUUAAUUUGUUCUUCCAAAGUCAAGAUGUUAUUUUUUUUAUUGAAUCCUUCCCUUACAACUUUUCAGAUAUUUCCAUCUGUGACAAAAUAAAUCUUUUGAAGCAGAA